AUGAGUCUCCUGCCAAGCCGAGCCGCCCGCCUCCCUGGCCCAUUCGGAUCGCUGCUCCCGCUGCUCCCGCUGCUGCUGCUGCUGCUGACGCUGCCAGCGCCACUGGCCAGCGCUGGUCCUCCCAGGGCCGUCGUGAACGAGCUGCGCUGUGUGUGUUUAACCCUCAUCCACAAGAUUCAUCCCAAAAUGAUCACCCACGUGGAGGUGUCCGCCGCAGGUCCAGGGUGCCCCAAUGUGGAAAUUAUAGCCACCUUGGUGAAGGGGAGCAAAGUCUGUCUGGACCCAGAAGCCCCUGUGGUCAAGAAAAUCAUUCAGAAAAUCUUGAACAGUGGAAAGCAGAAAAAUUAA